AUGUCCGCGCAUCAGACCCACCCUGGCCGCGACUUCGCGUACCCCGCCGUCGGCGCAUACGACCGCCGCGCAGCCCCUUCCGGCAGCGGGCCCGCCGCCAUGUACCCGCGCGUGGCGCACCCCGUGCCUUCCGCGGCCCCGUUCUCCGGCGCGGGCGGCACGACCCUUCACAUGCCCGUCGUGACGGCUGUCGGCGCGGGCCCGGCGCCCAUCGCAGUGGCCAUCAAGACACAGCUGCGGGUCGCACAGCAGCCCCCUCUAGCGCCAGUGCAGGCGGUGCCGGUGAGCGCAGCGGCGUUUGACUUUGACGUGGAGAGGCAGCUGCUCUCAGAGGCGUCGGCGCUGCACCAGCGCACUAGCGUGGCCGUGAAGCGAGAGGUGGAUCCACGUGCCAGCAAGUACAUACAGAUAGGCAUGGACAGGGAGGCAGUCAUCAUGGCACUGGCCAUGCACGGCGACUCGCACUCACAGGUGGUGGAUUUCUGCAAUGCAUACACGUUGCUAAGAGAGAUGGGUUUUGACCCGGUCGCUGUUGCAGGCUGUCUGGCGCUCUGUGGCAACGACCGCGACCGCGCGCUGCAGCUGCUAGUCGCCCUCCCAGCCUGGAAUUCGUUUUCAACCUGGCUCUUCGACUCCCAUCCCAUCAUCUCCUUCGGAGAAGCAACAUCACCGUUCACCUUUCCGCCGCUCAUUUGCCAUCGCCCCUUUGCCCUCCGCCCGCCCACGUGCCGCUCUCUCUCUCUUUCUUCCCCCAAUCCCGUCCAAUCAGCUCGCUCGGAGAAGCUGGCGGAGAUGGGCGGCGGGCUGGGCGGCGAGACUCGGAUCUUUGCGCGCGGGCAGACCAUCUUCUGGCGGCUGCUACAGCUGGCGACAGCUGUCAUCGCCCUGGGAGUCAUGACCGCCUCUAACGCCAACGGCAUGUACUUCCAAUACUACCAGGCGUUCAUAUUCAUGGUGGCGGCGAUGACAGCGGUGGCAGCGUGGUCCCUCGCCCAUCUGCUGCACUCCAUCGGUCGCUUCAUGACGCGCAAGUGGCGCAUCACCCUCUUCGCCUUCCUCGACUUCGUGGUGGCGUGGAUCGCUCUCGCUGGCGCCUCUGCUGCAGCGGGUCUCACCACCUUUGCCGACAAGGGAUCAGGGAUGGUGCAGCCGGGGUACUGCCAGAUGGGGCUCUUCUCCAGCUUCUGUGCGCGCACCAAGGCCGCCACCGCCUUCGCCUUCAUCACCUUCUUCGUCCUCAUCCCCUCCCUCAUUGCCUCCGCCACGCGAGCCGUCGUCAGCUGGUUCGAAGACUAA